AUGACCAUUUCGAGUUCAAGUUCUGAGGCGAGCUCCGAAACUUCGGAGACUGGAACGUCUUCAGGAGAUCCAGCGGUCCGAAAACCUUGGUGCCGAUGGUUGCCCCGAUCGUACCUGCUGGUCUUGGUGAUCAAUGCCACUGCGACCCUUCUGCUGUGGCCUGCUGAUGCUGAGUAUCCUCAUGGCUGGCACGAUGAUCCUCCUGUCUGUCAACUUCAGAUGCGACUCUUCUUCUUUGGGCUGAUGCUGUCGAGUUUGGGAGCCGGCUGUGUAGCAGCCUUUCUGGUGAGAAGGGCGGAAGCUUCAGAUCAUACAAAGAGGGCCUGUGGCUAUGCCAUAAUCAACUGGAUUCAAGCCAUGUUGGGCUCACUGGGGAUGACCAGUCCAGGGGCAGGGUACUGCAGGUAUGGAGUGACACCAAGCCCCAGGUUUGGAGGCAACAUUUGGCAUUCUGCACUUGCCAUGUGCCGAUUGCUGCUGUAUCUCGUUGCUUCCUUCUGGAUGCAGACGCUCAUCGCCUCACGGCUGGAUCUCUUGGAGCAAUCUUCCAAUCGGAACUACCGCAGUGGCUGCUUUCGCAGACUGAUGUGGGCCCAAGUCUUUGGGACAGCAGUGGCUCUGCUUCCCAUUGCGGGCAUAGUUCAUGAGAUCAUUACGGAUGAUAGCUACAGCGGAAGUAUAAUUUUCGCUACAAGUAUCAUGAGUCUGAGCGCAAUAGGAGGCAUCACAUUGCUGUGCAAUGUGGCAGCGAGCAUCGUGGCCAUUUGCUCUUUCCGAAAGUCUUACUCGGAGCUGCGGAGGAUUUGUCGCCUGGCAGAAGCCAAUGAGGUGCCGAUCUCCGCACGAUCUUCCUUGAGACGAGCCCGAAGGUUUGCUGGUCUGCAAGGGUUGGGUGUAUCGUUUAGCCUCCUGUUCACGGUUCUGCUCGUUCCAGCACGUGUUGUUUCUAUGCUUCUGCCUUAUGACUAUGACUCUUUGAAGGUGGUCUUGUUUCUUAUUCAAGCUUUUGAUGCCCUGGGAAAUGCUGUGGCCGUUCUCCUUCUGUCCGGCAGUCACAGGAUGGCCAAAGUUGAAAGGAGUCAGGGGAGCCACAGGAGCUGGAAAGUCGAAAAGCCUGAGCAUAGGAGAAACCAACAGACUUCGCAUGAAGAUGUGAACUGGACCAGCAAGGUGAAAGAACUUUCAAUGCGGGGGAUGACUUUGAGGAGCCUCCUGACGUUCUAUCAAGAAAACCUCCCUUCAAUGCCAGAUUGGAAAUAUGCGCCCAGGGAACACAAGACCAGAGAUGUGGUCCGAAGAGCGAUCAUCCCAUUGACUAGCAGAGAAGAAUGUGCAUUCUCAGUUUCAGCUUUCAACAAGGAUGGUCCGAAACGGGCACAAGUCAUGGUGACCCACAAUUGGGGCAACUUGUUUAGCGACCUGCUGGCUGCAGUGCUGUCGGAUGCCCUGCAGGACCUUCUGGCGAAAAUGGGGCGGUUGAAUCACACGUAUUGGAUCUGUGCAUUUGCUGUGAACCAACACAUCAGCAUCUGCCACAGCAACCCGUAUGACCGGGAUCCUUUCACAGAUCAGCUGCACCCAGUGUGCCACUGCAAAAGCACAAACAUCAUUGACUCGGAUGGCCGAAGUGCUUCGUCAGAGAUCAAUAAGUUUGAUGACAUGAUGCGUCUUCUUGCCACGACUGGGGGAUGCCGACAAGUGAUUGCAGUGGACAAACCUCUGGAUUUGUUUCGCCGUGCCUGGUGCGUGGCUGAGAUUGCGGAAGCCAAACGUUUGCAGAUGGACCAGUCAUUGAAACUCUGGUCCAAAGCAACGCUUCAAGAACGCGCCCGGACAUUGGAAAACCUGGAUGUGCGGGACAUGCGUGCCUCCUCGGAAAAGGACAAGGAACUCAUCCUUGGCAAGAUUCAGGAUGUAGAUGAUUUCAAUGCCAAGCUUCAAGUGCUCAUUUUUGAUCCAAAAUCGGGCCUUGUUGCCACAUGGAAUGCCAUGGAUAGCCUGCAGCAGAUUGGUGAAGUGGGCCGGCUCAUUCGAUGGGGCCUGGCAGAUGCAGGAUGUUGGAGCAACCGGGAGGCGGAGGCCAGCUCCGAAACUUCGGAGACUGGAACGUCUUCAGGAGAUCCAUGGUUGCCCCAAUCGUACAUGCUGGUCUCGGGUUCUGAGGCGAGCUCCGAAAGUUCGGAGACUGGAAAGUCUUCAGGAGAUCCAUCGGUCCGAAAACCUUGGUGCCGAUGGUUGCCCCGAUCGUACCUGCUGGUCUUGGUGAUCAAUGCCACUGCAACCCUUCUGCUGUGGCCUGCUGAUGCUCAGCAUUCAUUUACCUGUCCACUCAACAUGCGUCUCUUCUUCUUUGGGCUGAUGCUGUCAAGUUUCGCAGCCGGCUGUGUAGCAGCCUUUCUGGUGAGAAGGGCUGAAGCUUCAGAUCAUACAAAGUGGGCCUGUGGCUAUGCCAUAAUCAACUGGAUUCAAGCCAUGUUGGGCUCACUGGGAAUGAACAAUCCUGCAGUGGUUGGUGGCUGCAGGUAUGGAGUGAUACCACCUGGAUGGGAACUCGGAGGCCUAAUUUCGUAUUUUGCACUUGCAUUGUGCCGAUUGCUGCUGUAUCUCGUUGCCGCUUUUUGGAUGCAGACACUCAUCGCUUCACGGCUGGAUCUCUUGGAGCAAUCUUCGAAUCGGAACUACCGCAGUGGCUGCUUUCGCAGACUGAUGUGGGCCCAAGUCUUUGGGGCAGCAGGGGUUUUGCUUCCCAUUGCAGGCAUAAUCUAUGAGACCAUUACGGGUGGUAUGAGCAUUUUCCGUACAAGUAUCAUGAGCCUGUUCGCAAUAGGAGGCAUCACAUUGCUGUGCAAUUGGGCAGCGAGCAUAGUGGCCAUUUGCUCUUUCCAAAAGUCUUAUUUGGAGCUGCGGAGGAUUUGUCGCCUGGCAGAAGCGAAUGAGGCGCCUAUCUCCGCAAGAUCUUCCUUAAGACGAGCACGAAGGUUUGCUGGUCUGCAAGGGUUGGGUGUAUCAUUUAGCCUCGUGUUCACGCUUCUGCUCGUUCCAGCACGUGUUGUUUCUAUUGCUGUUGUUUUCAAAGUUGGAGGCUAUGACUUUGACGGCUAUGACGCGUUGACCGUGGUCUUGUUUCUUAUUCAAGCUCUUGAUGCUCUGGGAAAUGCUGUGGCCGUUCUCCUUCUGUCCGGCAGUCACAGGAUGGCCAAAGUUGAAAGGAGUCAGGGGAGCCACAGGAGCUGGAAAGUCGAAAAGGCCGAGCAUAGCAGAAACCAACAGACUUCGCAUGAAGAUGUGAACUGGACCAGAAAGGUGGAAGAACUUUCAAUGCGGGGGAUGACUUUGAGGAGCCUCCUGCAGUUCUAUCAAGAAAACCUCCCUUCAAUGCCAGAUUGGAAAUAUGCGCCCAGGGAACACAAGACCAGAGAUGUGGUCCGAAGAGCAAUCAUCCCAUUGACUAGCAGAGAAGAAUGUGCGUUCUCAGUUUCAGCUUUCAACAAGGAUGGUCCGAAACGGGCACAGGUCAUGGUGACCCACAAUUGGGGCAACUCGUUCAGCGACCUGCUGGCUGCAGUGCUGUCGGAUGCCCUGCAGGAAUGCAGUUUCAGCUUGCCAGCAGAACUUCUGCAGGAGGAGUGCGCUUUCCUGCAAGACCUUCUGGCGAAAAUGGGGCGGUUGGAUGAGACGUACUGGAUCUGUGCGUUUGGUGUGAACCAGCACAUCAGCAUCUGCCACAGCAACCCGUAUGACCGGGAUCCUUUCACAAAUCAGCUGCACCCAGUGUGCCACUGCAACAGCACAAACAUCAUUGACCCGGAUGGCCGAAGUGCCUCGUCAGAGAUCAACAAGUUUGAUGACAUGAUGUCCCUUCUGGCAACGACUGGAGGAUGCCGACAAGUGAUUGCAGUGGACAAAUCUCUGGAUUUGUUUCACCGUGCCUGGUGUGUGGCUGAGAUUGCGGAAGCCAAACGUUUGCAGAUGGACCAGUCACUGAAACUCUGGUCCAAAGCAACGCUGCAAGAACGUGCCUGGACAUUGGAAAAUUUGGAUGUGCGGAACAUGCGUGCCUCCUCCGAAAAGGACAAGGAACUCAUCCUUGGCAAGAUUCAGGAUGUAGAUGAUUUCAAUGCCGAGCUUCAGGUGCUCAUUUUUGAUCCAAAAUCAGGCCUUGUUGCCACAUGGAAUGCCAUGGAUAGCCUGCAGCAGAUUGGUGAAGUGGGCCGGCUCAUUCGAUGGGGCCUGGCAGAUGCAGGCAGUGGAAAAGUUGAAGUUUUUUUUUCUCUGCCUGCCUUCAGACAGCGACAGAUGGGCCCUGCAGCGCAGGAGCAGUCUCAACGACCAGCUCAGUUGCUGGCGCUGAAAUAUCCAGGAGCUGGUAGAGAUGGCCAUUCAGAAGAUGACUGCCUGGCAAAGUUACAGGUGCACCGGUUGAGCCCAGAGCCACGAACGUACGUGAGCGAAGUGACAGGCGUGGAAAGCUGCCAGCAUGGCCGUCAGCCCACCAGCUCUCUGUCGAGCGACUGGAGCACUUGGAAGGGUCAGGGCGCCCCAGCGGUUGCGAGCUCCGAAACUUCGGAGACUGGACAGUCUUCAGGAGAUCCAUCGGUCCGAAAACCUUGGUGCCGAUGGUUGCCCCGAUCGUACCUGUUGGUCUUGGUGAUCAAUGCCACUGCGACCCUUCUGCUGUGGCCUGCUGAUGUUCCUGCUGAUGUUUGGGAUGUUGAUCCCUGUCCACUCAAAGUUCGACUCUUCUUCUUUGGGCUGAUGCUGUCGAGUUUGGGAGCCGGCUGCGUAGCAGCCUUUCUGGUGAGAAGGGCUGAAGCUUCAGAUCAUACAAAGUGGGCCUGUGGCUAUGCCAUAAUCAACUGGAUUCAAGCCAUGUUGGGCUCACUGGGAAUGGACAAUCCAACGUCAGGGUACUGCAGGUAUGGAGUGAUACCACCUGGAUAUUCUGCACUACUAAUUUGGUAUUCUGCACUUGCAUGGUGCCAAUUGCUGCUGUAUCUCGUUGCCGCUUUCUGGAUGCAGACACUCAUCGCUUCACGGCUGGAUCUCUUGGAGCAAUCUUCCAAUCGGAACUACCGCAGCAGCUGCUUUCGCAAACUGAUGUGGGCCCAAGUCUUUGGGGCAGCAGUGGUUCUGCUUCCCAUUGCUGGCAUGGUUCAUGAGAUCAUUACGUGUGAUAGCUACAGCGAUAGUAUCAUUUUCGUUACAAGUGCCAUGAGUCUGAGCGCAAUAGGAGGCAUCACAUUGCUGUGCAAUGCGGCAGCGAGCAUAGUGGCCAUUUGCUCUUUCGGAAAGUCUUACUUGGAGCUGCGGAGGAUUUGUCGCCUGGCAGAAGCCAAUGAGGCCUCCAUCUCCGCAAGAUCUUCCUUGAGACGAGCCCGAAGGUUUGCUGGUUUGCAAGGGUUGGGUGUAUCAUUUAGCCUCGUGUUCACGGUUCUGCUCGUUCCAGCGCGUGUUUUUUCUAUUGGUCUUGGAAACUAUGACAGCUAUGACGCUUUGAAGGUGGUCUUGUUUCUUAUUCAAGCUUUUGAUGCCCUGGGAAAUGCUGUGGCCGUUCUCCUUCUGUCCGGCAGCCACAGGAUGGCCAAAGUUGAAAGGAGUCAGGGGAGCCAACGUAGCUGGAAAGUCGAAAAGCCUGAGCAUAGCAGGAACAAACAGACUUCGCAUGAAGAUGUGAACUGGACUAGAAAGGUGGAAGAACUUUCAAUGCGGGGGAUGACUUUGAGGAGCCUCCUGCAGUUCUAUCAAGAAAACCUCCCUUCAAUGCCAGAUUGGAAAUAUGCGCCCAGGGAACACAAGACCAGAGAUGUGGUCCGAAGAGCAAUCAUCCCAUUGACUAGCAGAGAAGAAUGUGCAUUCUCAGUUUCAGCUUUCAACAAGGAUGGUCCGAAACGGGCACAGGUCAUGGUGACCCACAAUUGGGGCAACUCGUUCAGCGACUUGCUGGCUGCAGUGUUGUCGGAUGCCCUGCAGGAAUGCAGUUUCAGCUUGCCAGCAGAACUUCUGCAGGAGGAUUGCGCUUUCCUGCAUGACCUUCUGGCGAAAAUGGGGCGGUUGGAUGAGACGUAUUGGAUCUGUGCGUUUGCUGUGAACCAGCACAUCAGCAUCUGCCACAGCAACCCGUAUGACCGGGAUCCUUUCACAAAUCAGCUGCACCCAGUGUGCCACUGCAACAGCACAAACAUCAUUGACCCGGAUGGCCGAAGUGCUUCAUCAGAGAUCAACAAGUUUGAUGACAUGAUGACUUUGCUGUGUCAUGCAUGCCGGGCUUGCGCCCACAUUCAUGCCAAUUCGUUUCUUGUAGAGAUGCAAUUUUUGCUGGCCCUUUUGUCUUGGGGUCUCAUGACUGGUUUUCUUUUGCAGAUUUUGAAAGCCCAGAUCGUGGGGGUCUUGGGCCCCUCCAUAUGUCAGCCUUGCUAUCGUUGUCCUUCGCUCUGGCUUGGCCGUAAUUCACUGCUACUUGGCCGGUUGGUGGCUCAUUCUCCCGCUGCUCUUUCGCGCGGCGCCAUGCCCGAGAUGUUCAUCGCACACCUGCGAUCUUUAGGAUCGCUUGCACGAGCGCGUAUUGCGGAAGCCAAACGUUUGCAGAUGGACCAGUCAUUGAAACUCUGGUCCAAAGCAACGCUGCAAGAACGCGCCCGGACAUUGGAAAAUUUGGAUGUGCGGGACAUGCGUGCCUCCUCCGAAAAGGACAAGGAACUCAUCCUUGGCAAGAUUCAGGAUGUAGAUGAUUUCAAUGCCGAGCUUCAGGUGCUCAUUUUUGAUCCAAAAUCAGGCCUUGUUGCCACAUGGAAUGCCAUGGAUAGCCUGCAGCAGAUUGGUGAAGUGGGCCGGCUCAUUCGAUGGGGCCUGGCAGAUGCAGGCAGUGGAAAAGUGUGGAAAGCAUGGGACGGCCACAACUGA